AUGGGCAAAGUGUGGAAACAGCAGAUGUACCCCCAGUACACCACCUACUACUACCCCCAGUAUCUGCAGGCGAAGCAGUCCAUUGUACCAGCCCACCCAAUGGCUCCUCCUAGUCCCAGCACCACCAGCAGUAAUAACAACAGUAGUAGCAGCAGCAACUCAGGAUGGGAUCAAUUAAGUAAAACAAAUCUUUACAUUAGAGCACUGCCUCCAAACACCACUGAUCAGGACCUGGUAAAGUUAUGCCAACCGUAUGGGAAAAUUGUAUCCACGAAGGCUAUUUUGGAUAAGACAACAAACAAAUGCAAAGGUUAUGGUUUUGUUGACUUUGACAGCCCAGCAGCUGCUCAGAAGGCAGUUUCUGCUCUAAAGGCUAGUGGAGUCCAAGCACAGAUGGCAAAGCAACAAGAGCAAGAUCCGACUAACUUAUACAUUUCCAAUUUGCCACUUUCAAUGGAUGAGCAGGAGCUUGAGAACAUGCUGAAACCAUUUGGACAGGUCAUCUCUACAAGGAUACUGCGGGACUCGAGUGGGACAAGUCGUGGUGUUGGCUUUGCAAGAAUGGAGUCAACAGAAAAAUGUGAAGCAGUGAUUGCUCAUUUUAAUGGAAAAUUCAUAAAGACACCAGCAGGAGUUUCUGUUCCUGCAGAACCUUUAUUGUGCAAGUUUGCUGAUGGAGGGCAGAAAAAGAGACAGAAUCAGAAUAAAUAUAUACAGAAUGGAAGAGCAUGGCACAGAGAAGGCGAGGUGAGACUUGCUGGAAUGACACUCACGUAUGAUCCAACCACAGCUGCUUUACAAAAUGGAUUUUAUCCAUCACCCUACAGUAUUACAGCAAACAGAAUGAUCACUCAGACAUCAAUUACGCCAUAUAUUGCUUCUCCAGUUUCCACAUACCAGGUUCAGAGUCCUUCUUGGAUGCAGCCUCAACCAUAUAUAAUGCAGCACCCAGGUGCUGUACUGACUCCCUCCAUGGACCACACUAUGUCACUACAGCCUGCAUCGAUGAUAAGCCCUCUGACGCAGCAGAUGAGUCAUCUUUCAUUAGGCAGUACUGGAACAUACAUGCCAGCCACAACAGCUAUGCAAGGAGCCUACAUACCCCAAUACACACAUGUCCAGACAGCAGCAGUUCCAGUUGAGGAAGCCAGUGGUCAACAACAAGUUACAGUAGAGACAUCCAGUGACCAUUCUCCAUAUACGUAUCAGCAAAAUAAGUAACUGUGAGAUGUCCAGUGUUGACCUGGCCUCAAGAAGGGUGCAAAGGCUGAAACAAUCAUGGAUUUCACUGAUCAAUUGUGCUUUAAGAAUUAUUGACAGUUUUGCACAGGUUCUUGAAAAUGUUAUUUAUAAUGAAAUCAACUAAAACUAUUUUUGCUAUAAGUUCUAUAAGGUGCAUAAGAAAAACCUUAAAUUCAUCUAGUAGCUGU